CGGCCAAGAUGGCGCUGCCCAGGGAGUGGAGCCCUCCGCAGUAAGGGCGGUAGGUGGUGUGAAGAGCGCGGAGUGGCGACGUCUGCACUGUCGGUUGCUGGCAGUGGAGGGGUGACGGCGCCAGUCCUCUAGCCGCAGUGAAUGCACUGCAACGGGGCUUCCUCUUCGAAGCUGGAAAAGGUUGCGGGUCCAGUCUGCUUGGCGGGGUGAGGGGCCCAGAGCCCGAGGCGUCCCUAGUCACCCGGCUUCCUCAGAGCUUCAGGCUUAAAGACAUGACCCGAGAGUGUCCGGCCCCAGCUCCCGAGGCACCGCCGAGCGGGCCGGUGCUGGCCGAAGCUGCUGUGGUGUUCGCAGUGGUGCUGAGCAUCCACGCCGCCGUGUGGGACCGCUACUCAUGGUGCGCUGUGGCCCUCGCAGUGCAGGCUUUCUACGUUCAGUACAAGUGGGACCGGCUGCUGCAGCAGGGCAACGCCGUCUUCCAGUUCCGGAUGACCGCAAACAGCGGCCUGCUGCCCGCCUCCAUGGUCAUGCCUUUGCUCGGGCUGGUCAUGAAGGAGCGCUGCCAGGCUGCAGGGAACCGACACUUCGAACGCUUUGGCGUCGUGGUGGCAGCCACUGGCAUGGCAGUGGCCCUCUUCUCCUCAGUAUUGGCGCUGGGUAUCACUCGCCCGAUGCCCACCAACACCUGUGCCAUCUCAGGUUUGGCUGGAGGUGUCAUCAUUUAUAUCAUGAAGCACUCACUUGGCGUGGGUGAGGUGAUCGAAGUCCUGGAGGUCUUGCUGAUCUUUGUUUAUCUCAACAUGAUCCUGCUGUACCUGCUGCCCCGCUGUUUCACUCCUGGAGAGGCCCUGCUGGUGUUAGGUGGCAUCAGUUUUGUCCUCAACCAGCUUAUCAAGCGUUCUCUGACUGUGGUGGAAAGCCAGGAGGACCCCGUGGACUUUCUCCUGCUGGUGGUGGUGGUGGGGAUGGUGCUCAUGGGUAUCUUCUUCAGCACCCUGUUUGUCUUCAUGGACUCAGGAACCUGGGCCUCUUCCAUCUUCUUCCACCUCAUGACCUGUGUGCUGGGCCUUGGAGUUGUCCUCCCCUGGCUCCACUGGCUCAUCCACCGGAAUCCCGUGCUCUGGCUUCUUCAGUUCCUCUUCCGGACGGAAACUCGAGUCUACCUCCUCAUCUAUUGGUCUCUACUGGCCAUGUUGGCCUGCUUGGUGGUGCUCUAUCAGAAUGCCAAGCGGUCAUCUUCUGAAUCUAAAAAGCACCAGGCCCCUGCCAUCACCCGAAAGUAUUUCCACUUCAUUGUGGUAGCCACUUACAUCCCAGGAAUUAUGUUUGAUCGGCCACUGCUCUAUGUGGCUGCCACAGUAUGCCUGGCAGUCUUCAUCUUCCUGGAGUAUGUGCGCUACUUCCGCAUCAAGCCCUUGGGCCACACUCUGCGGAGCCUCCUGUCUCUUUUCCUGGAUGAGCGAGACAGUGGGCCUCUCAUCCUGACACACAUCUACCUGCUCCUGGGCAUGUCUCUUCCCAUUUGGCUGAUCCCUAGACCCUGCACCCAGAAGGGCAGCCUCGGGGGAGUAAGGGCCCUAGUGCCCUAUGCCGGGGUUCUGGCCGUGGGUGUGGGUGAUACUGUGGCCUCCAUCUUCGGCAGCACCAUGGGGGAGAUCCGGUGGCCUGGAACCAAGAAGACUUUUGAGGGGACCAUGACAUCUAUAUUUGCACAGAUCAUUUCUGUGGCUCUGAUUUUGAUCUUUGACAGUGGAGUGGACCUCAAUUACAGCUAUGCCUGGCUUUUGGGGUCCAUUAGCACCGUAUCCCUCCUAGAAGCAUACACUACGCAGAUAGACAACCUCCUUCUGCCUCUCUACCUCCUGAUACUGCUGAUGGCCUAGCUCCCAUGCAGCGGCAGUGAGGGAGGAGACAGGGACGUGGGGAGGAUGCGUGGGACCUGAGGCAGCUGGACAUCUGGGUACAGAGAGCUGAAGGGUGAAAAGCGGGUUUGGUUUUCAGGUGAUUCGGACUGGAAAUAAAGGGGGCAAAGCUCUUCAGA